GUUACUGGCUGGUAAAUCAAGCAAAGCUCCCUUAGCUGGCGGGAGGCUCCUCGUUUUGCUCUAUUCCGGAGUCUAGUCUGCUUGUGCAUUGGGUGGCUGAUGCCUUGCUAAUUACGACGCUGGAAACAUGAGGUACAUCAGCACUCGAGGAGAAGCCAAGAGCAUUGACUUUGAAGGAGCCCUUUUUUCUGGCUAUGCACCGGAUGGUGGCCUUUUCAUGCCCCAGGAAAUCCCUACGCUGGACUAUAACACCCUGCGAACAUGGAGUACCUUCUCCUAUCCAGAGCUGGUGAAGGAGCUGAGUUCACUCUUCAUCUCAUCUGAACUAAUCCCACGGAAAGAGCUGAAUGAUCUGAUUGACAGCGCCUUCCAGAGGUUCAGACACAAAAAUGUUGUGCAUCUGGCCAGGCUGAAGAAUGGAUUGAAUGUUUUGGAGCUCUGGCAUGGUGUAACUUAUGCCUUUAAGGACUUGUCCUUGUCCUGCACAGGACAGUUUUUACAGUACUUCCUGAAGAAAAGGAAGAGGCACAUCACUAUUCUAGUCGGAACUUCGGGAGACACCGGUAGCUCGGCAAUUGAAAGUGUGCGAGGGGAAAACAACAUGGAUAUCUUUGUUCUCUUACCCAAAGAUCUCUGCAGCCAGAUACAAGAACUGCAGAUGACGACGGUGAUCGAAGAGAAUGUCCAUGUGUUUAUUGCUCAUGGAAAUAGCGAUGAAAUUGACGAGCCGAUCAAAGAAUUGUUCGCUGAUGCAGAUUUUGCUAGAAAAUACAAUCUGAUGAGCUUGAACUCAAUCAACUGGUCUAGGAUUAUGGUGCAGAUCGCUCACUACUUCUAUGCUUACUUUCAAUGCACUCCAUCCAUGGACAUGACUCCACUGCCAGCUGUGGAAAUUGUUGUGCCAACAGGGGGUGGAGGAAAUCUCACAGCUGGAUAUAUCGCACAGCAAAUGGGACUUCCAAUCCAACUCGUCGCUGUGGUAAAUAAUAACGACAUUAUCCACAGGACAAUUCAGCAUGGAGAUUUCUCAUUCUCGGGGAGUGUUAAGUCAACUUUAGCUUCUGCAAUGGAUAUUCAGGAACCUUACAAUAUGGAGAGAAUCUUAUGGCUGCUUUCGGACUGUGAUGGCAGCUUGAUUAAAACUCUGAUGGAACAGUUUUACACGUCGAAAAACCUUACACUCCCAGAAGGAUUGCACAGAAAGCUUUCUGAAGCACUGAGCUCAUGUUCAGCAUCUGACGAAGACAUUGUUCAGGCAAUGAGACGCUGUUGGGAAGAUAAUCGCUACCUGUUAUGUCCCCACUCAGCUGUGGCUGUUCACUACCAUUAUAAGCAGUUGGACUGCCAUCUCAGCAACAGACCCAGGUGCUGCUUAGCACCCGCCUCAGCAGCAAAGUUCCCGGAUGCCGUGCUCAGAGCAAAACUUGUUCCUGAAGCUCAACCUGAAAUACGAGCUUUAAACGCGAUGGAGACCAGGUCCACAACCCUGAGGAGAGAUGAUGACUGGGCAAGAACCCUAAGAGACAGAAUAGAAGCCAUUGCCAAGCGCAGACACACCUAGGUGGAGUUCAUCUGAUCCUGAAGAGUGCCAUGCCUGGGCAGUUCCAUAUAAAGGACAAGGCUGACUUAAUGAUGCACAUUCUUUCUGAUAAUUUCCCUUCCUAGGAAAGUCCUAAUGAACUCAAUAGAGGAUUAUAACAUUUCCAUAUAACUUGUAACCUAAGCGAUAGAAUUCUGUAAUUCUCGAUCAAAUUCUAUAGAAUGUGUGACAGACCCAAACCAGUGGGGUACAGGAGUCUGGUAGAGGGCAAAUAUACUGGUCACUGGAUGAGUAGUUUUCUGUUCCCUGAGUGACCAGAGCAGGGGCUGCACUAGAGCAAUCAGGAACCUGCUAGAACCAAUUAAGGUAGACAGGCUGACUAGAACACCUGCAGCCAAUCAAGACAGGCUAAUCAAGGCACCUGGAUUUUAAAAGGAGCUCACUCCAGUCAGGCAAGGAGGAGCCAGAGGAGAGGAAGUGCGUGUGAGUAGCUGGGAGCAAGAGGCACAAGGAGCUGAGAGUGAGAGGGUGUGCUGCUGGAGGACUGAGGAGUACAAGCAUUAUCAGACACCAUGAGGAAGGUCCUGUGGUGAGGAUAAAGAAGGUGUUUGGAGGAGGCCAUGGGGAAGUAGCCCAGGGAGUUGUAGCUGUCAUGCAGCUGUUACAGGAGGCACUAUAGACAGCUGCAAUCCAUAGGGCCCUGGGCUGGAACCUGGAGUAGAGGGCAGGUCCGGGUUCCCCUCAAACCUCCUAACUCCUGAUCAGACACAGGAGAAGUUGAUCCAGACUGUGGGAAAGAUCACUGAGGUGAGCAAAUCUGCCUAUAAGCACAGGACCCACCAAGGUAGAGGAAGAACUUUGUCACAAAUGGUUUAAAAAAAUUAUGGAAAGGCUGUCUGUCAAAUUCUAUAGGGUUUUUAGAGUAACUUUGAUAGAAUCCUGUUUAAAGUCUCUGGACCCAUACAGCUUUUAUCCCUGUUAACCCUUAUGGAAAAGUUCUUCAAAUUUAUCUUCAAAGUGCCUUACAAACAUGAAUUGUUAUCUGACUACAGUUUUACGCAAUUAUUACAAUCCCAUAUCUUUCCUUCUCUAAUAAAAAAAAAAUCUGUAGAGGAAUAUAAUACAAAUUGCUGUAUUGUUUUCCUGAACAGUUAUGUUGUAAUUUGAAUAAGUAAUAAAAAUGAA